AUGGAUAUUGAAAGUAAUGAAAAUGCUGAAUAUUAUAACCAAGAUGAAGAAUUAUAUGAUCAAUUAACCCAGACAUCUGAAGGAAAUACAUCAACUAAUUCAAUAUUAGAUGAUCAAUUAACCAAGACGUUUGAAAGAAAUACAUCAACUAAUUUAAGCAAGAAUAUAAGAAAACCAUCACCUUG